GGACAAGAUGACAAGCUAUGUGAUUGGAUGACUGAUACUUGUGCAUCGGAAUAACAGCCAGCUUACCAUGCCUUGAGGUACCUUAGAUUUGGGGAUUCGGGGAAGGGUGUCAGCCGAACUGCGCACCGCACGUUUGAUUUUCUAAUCAUGGCUGCAAUCUGAGGCGUGCUCUUCCUUAGUGCCUUUUGCCGAACCGAGGUCAGCAGCGCUUACUUGGACCAUCCGUCGAUCCCUUCAACUUCAAGCCUUUGUGAUCUCAACUCAUCUCAGCCCUCAUCCAUUCUCAUAUUAUAGCUUCAUCGUCAAGACUUUAUUAUUUAUAUACAAUCCUCAUACAAGUUGUGGAAGUCCAUUUCUGGUUAUCUCCUGUUCGAUCUGUCCUCAAGCUUCCUCUUGUCGAGACAACAUAGAUACUGUCACCUCAACGACAUCUCAUCUCACCAACACCCUCGUCAACAUCACCACCAUCACCGUCUCACAAAAUGGCCUCCCAAACCCCCCUCUUCACAAUCCCCAUCCCCGAACUCGACUCCCACGAGGGCGGCACCAUAGUCUGCACAACUUCAGCACCACAAGUCUACCUCCUAACCUGGUCCUCGCCCCCCGACAACCGCCUCACAACCCCCUUCUGCAAAGCCCUCCUCGCCGCCCUCGACAUCAUCGAAUUCGCCCACCCGCCUGGCGUCCUCGUCACGACCUCCGCCAUCACAAAAUUCUACUCCAACGGCCUCGACCUCGAACACGCCUUCGCAACCCCGCGCUUCUUCCCAGAUACCUUGUACGCCCUCUUCAAACGCCUGCUAACCUACCCGAUGCCCACCGUCGCCCUGAUACCCGGCCACGCCUUCGCGGGCGGCUUCAUGACGGCGAUGCACCACGACUACCUGAUACCCGGCCACGCCUUCGCGGGCGGCUUCAUGACGGCGAUGCACCACGACUACCGCGUCAUGAACCCCCAAAAGGGCUUCCUCUGCAUGAACGAGCUCGAGUUCGGCGCGCCCUUGAAGCCGCCCAUGUCCGCCAUCUUCCGCAUCAAGUGCGCCUCCCCCAAGAUCUACCAGGACAUCGUCCUCGAGGCGAAACGCUUCCCCGGCCCCGCGGCCCUCGAGGCGGGUCUCGUCGACGCGCUGGGCGGGCUCGACGAGGCGCUGAAGCUGAUUGCGGAGAGGAAGUUGACGGAGAGGGGCAAGAGCGGGGUGUAUGCCGUGCUCAAGAUGGAGAUGUGGAAGGAGAGCGCGUACGUGCUCAGCAAGGAGAAUUAUGAGAGCGAGGAGAAGGUUUGGGAUCAGAGGGAGGAGCUGGAGAAGGUGAGGGUUGCGGCGGGGAAGAGGUUUGUGCAGGAGUGGAAGGCCGGCAAGGCCAAGUUGUAG